CAGGGUCACAUUGCCCAACAGCCGCGGGGACUGGCUGUGUGCUGGGGGGGCAGAGAUGGCUGCUGCCCCCACCCCCCAGGCUGAUGCACCCGUGAUCUGGGCCUCACCCUCUGCCCAGAGCAGCCAGGUCAUUUCCGUGGCCUUCGUGGGUCACCUGGGCAGGACUGACACCCACCCCACCCCGGGUCUGGCUUCAACCUGUUGGACAUUUGGGUGUCCCCACAGUGACCCCCUGCUCCUGCUCUCAAGCCCCUGAUUCGGUGAAAGGCCUCACUUCCCCCCACCCAGCCCAAGGUGGAAGCCUGGGCAUCAUCCUUGCCCCUCCCCCACCCCCACCCGCGCCCCACUCAGAGCAGAACUGCCUGUCAGUAUCUCUCAGUUCACGCGCUUCUCUCUGCUCCCCCCGUCCUGCUCCGGGUGAGGCUCCCCCAUCUUUCUGGCAGCCUCCAUGCCAUCUCCCCAUCCUCCUGCGCACGGACCCACUCUCCUCCGUUAGCCAGAGUGAUCUUUCCGGAACAUAUGCAUGAGCCCCUCUGUGGUUGGCUCCCUGCCUGCCCGUCCUCUCCAGCCUCACCUCUCCCACCGUGAACCCCACCUCUGCGGUCCACCCGGGGGUCUGUGGUCGCCUGGCACGUGUCGUGACUCUGAGGCUUUGCACGUGCUAUGUCGUCUGUCCGGACCGCUCUUCUGUCUGUCCCCUGCUGUGCGUCUGGCUUUUCCCCCUUGUAGCAGCCAUCUGCUACUGGGCCACAAAAUACCCAAUUUGUGGUGUGAGACCAGCACAACCACUGAGCCCACAUCUCGCCAGAUCCUGGGGUUGACUGGGCUCAGCUGGGCAGUGUGGGCCCAGGUGUGUCAGGUGAGUGUAGACCGACGGUAGCUGGGACAGGGGCAGCUUGAAGGCCCCUCACAUUUGCAGGGUUGAUGCUGGCUCCCGCCUGAGACGGCACCCAGGGCUUGGCCUGGGCUCCUUCCCAGGUCAUUCGGAGGUUCCCCGAUCCGUGUCUGCCAGUCAGACUGUUCCUCCUGAGCACGUGGCCUCAGAAGACCCACAGCCCCAGCACGGCUGUUCUGCAUUUGUCGGAUCCUUGAGACCAAGGCCACUGUGUGCAGGGCCCGGGGAAGGACCCCCUGACGGGAGGGGACUCGGGAUACCCACAUGGUCUGAAACCACCAGCUGCUCAGUCUCCUUCGCUCAGAAGCAUGAGGUGAAGGCGGGGUGUCUGUGGCUGAGCAGAGGCCAAACCUGUCCCCGUGGGGUCUGACAUCACGUUUGGGGACACACGGGGACAUGGGCCGGUGCCAGGCCCACUGCCCACAGUGAUGGCUGUUCUGGCCACUUUCAGACAGACGCCCUCUUCAUACCCUAGGCCACCACUGUCCCCCUCUCCUGGGCCCCCAGCCACCAUCUAUGAACCUGAGCCCUGAACUCUCCCGGUAAAGCCCCCACUCUGUGUUCUCAUCCCGCAGCGAGGUGGGUGGAGAGCUGGAUGGCCCGCAAGCAGUGACACUGUCCAGAGAGCACAAGCAGGGGAGGGGCAGGGAGAGGGAGACAGAAUCUGAACCAGGCUCCGGGCUCCGAGCUCUCAGCACAGAGCCCGAAGCAGGGCUCGAACCCACGAACCGUGAGAUCAUGACUGGAGCCGAAGUCGGGCGCUCAACUGACUGAGCCACUCAGGUGCCCCUCUCGUGCCCAACUUUAAAAAAAAACAAAACCGAAAAAAAAACCCCAAAAAACUUUUAACCGUGCAAAUAUGUAUGCCCUGAAAUUUACCCUCUUGACCAUUUGUAGGCAGCAUUAGGUGUAUCACCGUGUUGUGCAACCAUCACCCCCGUCCAUCUCCAGAACUUUCUCAUCUUCCCAGACUGAAACUCUGCCCCCACCCCCCUGCCACCAGCCCCUGGUGCCCCAUUCAGCUUCCUGUCUCCAUGAACUUGAUUUCUCUGGUCCCUUCUAUAAGUGGGGUCACAGCGUGUUCGCCCUUUCGUGACUGGCUUACUUCACUCUGCACGGUGUCCGACGUCCGUGGGUUCACCCAUGGGGUGGUUUGUUGCAGACUUUCCUGCCUUUUCAAAGCCGACGCCCUGCUUUUAAAUGCCACCCAGGAAAUGCAAAGUGCAGUCAUUAUUGACAAUGACAGACGGCCCACUGGCUAAUUUUUCCUCGGGCUCCACGACACUUUAGUCUGGGGCAGGACCGCUGCGCACACAUUUUCCCAGACUGCACGCCGCUGUCGGGGCUGGGCACGGGUGUCCCUCUCUGCAGACAGGAAGCCUGGGCCCCGGGAGCUUAGAGACCUGCUCUGUCACCCAGCCGAGGAGGCAGCGUCAGGUCCAGGUAGACCGUCUGUGUGUCUGACUGCCGUUCCCUUGACCCAGCUACUUGCUUGGGUGAAAUACCUGGGACAGUGGCCACUUGCAGCCCCUCCCGCCACGGUGAGAUCUCUCCCUGAGGUUAUGAGGGAGGGAAUGCACCCCGAGGUCUCCGCUCCCGGUUUCGAGAGAGUGAAACCGAGCCACAGAGGCUCCGCCCUCCUUCAGGCCCUGGGAUUGUGUCCGGGAAGCGCCCGCCCGGUGCAGCUCCUCCUGGGGGGACUCAAAAGCUCAGUCACCUGCAGCGGCUUCCCAGCCCCACUGACUGGGGAUGUCCAUGCCAUAUUCCUGCAGACUCCCAUUGCGCUGUGUUUUUUUUCAGGAUGGUUUACCCCCAGCCCAAGGUGCUAACACCCUCGAAAGAUGUCCUUGUCCUCACCCCUUGGCUGGCCCCCACCGUCUGGGAAGGGACCUUCAACAUUGACAUCCUGAAUGAGCAGUUCCGGCUCCGGAACACCACCAUCGGACUAACGGUGUUUGCGAUCAAAAAAUACGUGGUCUUCCUGGAGCUGUUCCUGCAGACGGCGGAGAAGCACUUCAUGGUGGGACACAAGGUCACCUACUACGUGUUCACCGACCGGCCGGGGGAUGUGCCCCGCGUGCCCCUCGGGGAAGGGAGGCAGGUGGUGGUCCUGGAGGUCCGGAGCUACUCGCGCUGGCAGGACGUGUCCAUGCACCGCAUGGAGAUGAUCAGCAACUUCUCCCGGCAGCGCUUCCUCCACGAGGCGGACUAUCUGGUGUGCGUGGACGUGGACAUGAGGUUCCGCGACCACGUGGGCGUGGAGAUCCUGUCCCCGCUCUUCGGCACCCUGCACCCCGGCUUCUACGGGGCGGCCCGCGAGGCCUUCACCUACGAGCGCCGGCCGCAGUCCCAGGCGCACAUCCCCAGGGACGAGGGCGACUUUUACUACGCGGGAGGCUUUUUCGGGGGGUCGGUGGCCGAGGUUCUGCGGCUCACGUCGGCCUGUCACGAGGCCAUGGUGGUCGACCAGGCCCACGGCAUCGAGGCUGUGUGGCACGACGAGAGCCACCUGAACAGGUACCUGCUCUACCACAAGCCCACCAAGGUGCUGUCCCCCAAGUACCUGUGGGACGAACAACUGCUGGGCUGGCCCGCCGUCGUGAAGAAGCUGAGGUAUGUGACCGUGCCCAAGAGUCACCGGGUCAUCCGGGACUGAUGACGGGCUGGCCUAGUGUCCGUCAGGGGUGCCACCCUGACCCCAGCCGUCAGAGCAGAUGGGCUGUCACCGCGCCCUUUUUCUGUCCGGUCGCGGGACAUCGCCGAGGCCCG